AUGGCGACGGAGGACUCUGUGACUAUGGUUGCCAAGGCUGAUACCGAUACCUCCACUGAGAUCCAGCGCAAGGACUUGGUGGGAAACACCUUGCACGAGGUCUCCAGGAAGCAACAGAGUUUAUCUGACCUCUUUACCAUCUUCGCCAGCGGCUUUGCCCUGAUCAGCGAUGGAUACCAGAACAACCUGAUGACCAUGGCCAAUGUCCUUCUGAAGGCCGAGUACCCCAAGCAGUACACUUCGGCCAUCAGUACGCGCGUGUCUAAUGCGCUGCUGAUUGGCGAAAUCAUCGGCCAGGUCGUAAUCGGUCUGACCUGUGACUAUCUCGGCCGGAAGACGGCCAUCGUCUUUACGACUGUCAUGAUUGUCGUCGGCGGCAUUCUCGCAACUGCGUCGCAUGGAGCAACCAUCGACGGCAUGUUCUGGAUGAUGACCGUGGCGCGAGGUAUCGUGGGAUUCGGCACCGGCGGAGAGUAUCCCGCAUCCUCGACUUCUGCUUCCGAAGCUGCCAAUGACUUGGUUCCAAAGCACCGUGGCCCGGCCUUCAUCAUGGUGACCAAUUUCCCAUUGUCCUUUGGCGGACCGUUCGCAGUGUCAAUCUUCCUGAUUGUACUCAUGGCCUGUCACCAGUCGCACUACAGUACCGUGUGGCGCGUCUGUUUCGGCAUCGGGUGCAUCUGGCCACUGUCGGUGUUCUACUUCCGGAUUCGCAUGCUCAACUCUGUGCUUUACCGGCGAGGCGCAAUCAAGAAACAUGUCCCUUACAAGCUGGUUCUCAGAUAUUACUGGAAGUCACUGAUUGGGACCUGUGGCGCCUGGUUCCUCUACGACUUCGUCACCUUCCCCAACGGCGUCUUCUCCGGAACGAUCAUCUCCUCCGUCGUCCACGACGGAACAGUCCGCCAGACCGCAGAAUGGCAACUCCUCCUCGGAGCAAUCGCGCUCCCAGGUGUUUUCCUAGGCGCAAUCCUCUGCGACCGAGUCGGCCGCAAGAACAUAAUGAUGAUCGGCUUCAGCGGAUAUCUCGUCUUCGGCCUGAUCAUCGGCUGCUCCUUCGACCGCAUAACCAAGAUCGUCCCUCUCUUCGUCAUCUUCUACGGCCUCAUGCAGAGCUCCGGCAACUUCGGCCCCGGCAACAUGCUCGGCUUGCUCUCCUCGGAAUCAUACGCCACCGGCGUGCGAGGUACCUGCUACGGACUGUCUGCAGCAAUUGGCAAGGCUGGUGCGGCGAUCGGCACGCAGGCUUUCACGCCCAUCAAAGUACACCUGGGUAAUCGGUGGACUUUUAUCAUUGCCGCCAUCUGCGGUGUUGUUGGUAUUCUGGUAACCUGGUUCUUUGUGCCGGACCUGUCGGGCGAGGAUCUGCGUGUGCGCGAUGAGCGGUUCAGGGCUUAUCUGGUUGCUAAUGGGUGGGAUGAGGCUAUGGGGGAAGAUGAUCUGCGUGCUGAUGUGGAUGAUGGGGUUGUCUCGUCGGUGGUUGCUCAUGGCACCAAGGAGGGUUAG